AUGCCCUUGCCAUUCAUGGAGAACCGUUCGUUCAUGGCGCCAACGUGUAGCUACGCACCCAGCGAAGCGCCCGUUCGAUUUUCCAGCAACUGGCGCGACAUAUUCAAAAAGAAACCAACCACCAUCUGGAGUGUUCCCGGUUCGGAGGCUGACUGCCCAUACGAUGUCGACGACCUAGCUUUUGACGGAGAAAACCAUGAGCGUGUGGAUGAUGAUCAUGAUGAUCACGUUGAGCAGGCAGAAGAAGACGGUAUGCCUAUGGAAACCCACAGUGUCACUCAGUACAAUACCGGGUCUAUAUACAACGACAUGCCCGCGGCGCCUGAAGAUAGCCUCGAGACCUUUCUCAAAAACGUCCACCGUCACAUACAGAGCUUCACGGAGCAGUUCGAGAGGCAAAACACAUACAACGAGGCGAUACAACGGAAAAUGGAAACCGUGGCCCAAGAGUAUUGCCGGCUCAGGGCCUUAGAAGAAGCCGUUGAUGCGAUGCGGGAAGAGCUUAAUUCGUUGUCCAGGGCCAAAAACGAUCCGACUGUUCGGCGGAAAGUAGGACGUCCCGGGCGUGAAGCACAGUGA